ACCCACAUCUCUAGAACACCAUCUAUCCAGACACUUCAUCUUACACUAUAAUCACCUCUCCAAUCAGAUUCUCAGAUCCCAAUUUUCAAAAUGCAAUUCACAACCCUCACUGCCCUCUUCGCCACCGCACUUGCCGUGAGCGCCACCCCCCUCCAGCAAGACGUCACCAAGCGCCAGGAAGGUGGCGUCCCCCGCGUCUACGCUCGCUUCUACAACGACGGCGGCUGUGGUCCUUCUCCCUGGGCCGAAGACACCGUCUUCAUCCAAUCCGAGACGGUCGGGCUGGCCGGAUGCCAGGAUCUGACUGUUGGACCCUUUGCUAGCACUUUCUUUGAUACCAACAACUUUAGCAGGACUGUUCGCUUCUUCAACCUUCCUUGCUCCCAACUUACUUCUACGACGAGUGGAAACUUUAUUGAUAUUCGACCUGGUCAGCAGCCCGGAUGCCAGAACUUGGCUAUCCGGUCUUGGAUUACUUUGUAAGUGG